CGCAAGAAGCGAGUGCAGUGUUGGUUUGGCUCUUGCCCCGGUUAUACGUAGUUGACAUAUUGGUACUAUAGUGUUGUUUGUUGACGAUUUCCCAUUCGAUUUUUGUGACAAAAGUGAUGUAUGUGUAAAGGGCUGAGUGAAGGGAUUUUUUGACAGUUAUUGACCUUGAGAAUAAAAUACAAAAUGGGCAACGAGGAGAAAAAAGGCAGCAUUGUGCUGGAGAACUUUAAUUCUACAGCAAAUUUGGCGACAAACCCAGGGUUCCAGUCGACACUAAGUUUAGGAUCAAAAGAAGUGAUUAAUGAAAAGGCCUACAACCCAUUUGAACAUAGGAAAGUGGAACACCCUAACUCAACAAUUGGUUCGUUGGUGCAUCUACUAAAAUCUUCACUAGGAUCUGGUAUCCUGGCUAUGCCUGCUGCGUUCAAAAAUGCAGGUUUAGCAGCUGGAGCUAUUGGCACGCUAGUCGUUGGAUUCAUCUGUACACAUUGUGUUUAUGUUUUGGUUAAAACUUCCCAAGAAGUAUGUGUGGACGCUAAGAAGCCCUCGAUGGGCUUCGCAGAGACCUGUGGAGCAGCUUUUGAGUAUGGACCUAAAAGAUUACGGCCGUGGGCCAAUUUUGCUAGAACGUUUGUGGACUAUGCGAUGACUUGCACAUAUCUAGCAGCGUUAUGUGUCUACAUCGUGUUCAUAGCAGAAAAUUUCAAAGAGGUCCUAGACGAAUACAUACCAGAAUACAAGCUAUCAGUGGAAGCAUACUGUGCAUUGACACUGGUGCCACUGGUACUCAUCUGCCAGAUCAGGAACCUGAAGUGGCUAGUACCAUUCUCGGCGAUUGCCAACGUGUUCCUGGUGAUUUGUUUCGCCAUCACCAUGUAUUAUAUCUUCAAUGACUUGCCGAAGCCUGAGGGAAGAGUGGUGGUUGCUAGUGUCACGCAGUGGCCUUUGUUUAUCAGCACAGUGAUAUUCGCAAUGGAAGGUAUCGGUGUGGUGAUGCCAGUUGAGAACGAGAUGGCGAAACCUCAACAGUUCCUCGGCUGUCCUGGAGUACUGAACGUGGCUAUGUCUAUUGUUAUCUCUCUCUAUGGCAUCGUUGGGUUCUUCGGUUACAUGAAGUAUGGAGAUGAUGUCAGAGGAAGUGUGACCUUGAAUCUGCCUCAGGAUGAAGUUCUCGCUCAAAGUGCAAAGAUCCUGAUGGCGUUAGCAAUCCUGUUUACCUACAGUCUUCAGUUCUACGUGCCAAUGGAAAUGAUCUGGAGACAGCUAAAUGAGAAGAUCUCAGUGAGAUACCACAACAUCACACAAAUCUCUAUCAGGACCGCUGCUGUUGUUGGUUCAGUUGCCCUCGCAGCGGCUUUCCCUGACCUGGAGCUGUUCAUCAACUUGAGUGGAGCCAUUUUCCUCUCAACCCUCGGUCUCCUCACACCAGCCGUCAUCGACACUGUCCACAAAUGGGACAGAGGUCUUGGACCCUUCAAAUGGAUUCUCUGGAAGAACUUGUUCAUCGCUAUGAUUUCUCUCAUCGCCCUCUUUGCUGGUUCUUACACGUCUAUCAGGAGUAUGGUUGACAAAUUCUACAGUACUCCUGUUUUGGAGGCAGUAGCUAAUGUAACAAGCAUUACAAUGAAUGAUACUAUGACUGUGUGAUUGAUUAGAAUAAGGUCUAAUUCAGGUUACUUUACAUAAUUAGAUUAAAAAUCUUCAGGCAAGUUUUAAAGACAGUUGAUUAUGCUAAAUAACUUAAAACUGCGUAGACUUUCAUUGAAUUGAAUUGAGUCACUUCUAUUAACUAUCUGUCUUGGCUGUCAAGGGCGAAUUAAUGUGCCUUGAAAUUAAUGCUAAAGGUAUCUAGAUUUUUAAUCAUCUUUCGUAUAAAUGGAAACUCCGUCCAUUUUUUCUUUUAACUCGCUGGUAACAUUCCAUUUAUUGUAAUUAGUUAUUAAAGUUUUAGGGCUUGUAUCUAAGAUAGUCUCAAGGACUAUAAACUCUUUAAUUAGGUUGUGAUUUUAAAUUACAAAAUGACCUAAGGUAUCGAUUCUGUCUGAUUUUUUUAUACUCAUUCACUUGAAUACAUAAUUUCUUCUUUACGUAUUGUGUUGUCUAUAAACACAUCUGCAGAUUUGUUAUUAUUACUAUGUCUGACAAUACAAUUCUUUGCAGUUUCUGAACAUAAUGUAGGUCAUACUUCUUCUUUAACAAAUAUUUUAUCGAUUACCUCAGAUGAGCUCUCUGUUGGCAAAAAAGCUUGCCUAUACACAAAUUAUGAUUUUUUUAUACACAACUAAGUAUGACGUAAUAAAAUUAAGUGAUAUAUAACAUAGAAGGACGUGAUAAUUGUAUGUUUGUGAAAUUAUAUUAAUUAUAUGUUUAAAGAAAAAAAACAAAUAGGUUGUAAGUAGUAUUAUGUUAACGGACUUCUAGAAAAUGGAGGUUUUUGUUACUCGAUUAAAAAUCAAACGAAUUUUUGAUAUAAGUGAACUAAUAAUCUAGGUAAGAUUACAUCGUAAUGUAUACUAACUAUUAUGUUGUAAAAAUAUGAUUGUACAAGUGUCCAUACAUAAUUUAAAAUUAGGUAUUAUUUGCCAAUUUAAGUUUAGUUUUAAAUUAAGUGACCUUUAGUAAUUAUAAGUAUUUUCUUCUAAUUUUAAGUUAGUAUGUAAUAUUUAAUCAUUUUGAAAAGCAACUUGGGAGUAUUCAAUUUUAAACCCUACGCAACUAUAAAUAGGGAUCGCUUUUAUUUCACACGAUUUUAGAAUGCCUUUUAAUUAUAAGUUGAUCAGGUAAACAUGGUCUUACAUUCAUCUUUCAUUAAUGCAUGCCGUGGCAGCCUUU